GGGGUGGGUGAUGAGGAAAUAAUCCCUCUCCCACACAGGCUGAGGGCAGUCUGGAGGUCAGCAGCGCCUGCGCGGGCGCUGUCCUCCCUCCGGAUGGGGGAUGCGCGCGCAGCGCUUUCUGCUUCCCGGAAGUUUGCGCGGGACAACUAAGAAGGACACUGUUAAGAUGGAGUUGCCAGCCCAGUGAAUCUGAGGGCCAGACUGUGACCCCAUAAAGCAUGAUCUCCUUCUGUCCAGACUGUGGCAAAAAUAUUCAAGCAACAUUCAAAUUCUGCCCCUACUGUGGAAAAAUUUUGCCUGAAGAGGGACAUGAAGGGUCCCAGACCUUUGUCAAACCUCUUACGUCAUCUUUCAGAGGCUCAAGGAGACAGAACAACACCAGUCCUGAAACCCCCUCCAAAAAAGUGAAAUGGUCCAGCUCUGUCACCUCCCCCUCAUCAUCCCUCUUCUCAGAUGGUGACAGUUCUGGGUCUGAAGAUACCAUGAGACCCACAGGGUCCUGGAGUAUAUCCUCAACCCCCCAAAGUAGCCCACAGACAACCAAGCGAAGCCCACAGAUGACCAGGCAAAGCCCUCAGACACUGAAGCGGAGCCGGGUGACUGCCUCGCUUGAGGCUUUGCCCACGAGGACGGUAGUGACGGACAAGAGUGGGAGGCAAUGGAUCCUGGCAUCCUUCCAGACCAGGGACAACCAGGGCAUUCUUUAUGAAGCUGAGCCUAUCUCCCCCAUCGCCUGCAAGUCAAGUCAGAAACAGAGAUUCUCGCUUAAACUCGAUGCCAAGGAUGGGCGCCUGUUCAAUGAGCAGAACUUCUUCCAGCGGGCCGCCAAGCCUUUGCAAGUGAACAAGUGGAAGAAGCUGAACUCAGUCCCCCUCCUGGCCAUCCCCACCUGUGUUGGUUUUGGCGUUCACCAGGACAAAUACAGGUUCCUGGUGUUUCCCAUCCUGGGGAGGAGCCUUCAGUCGGCCCUGGAUGACAGCCCAAAGCAUGUUAUGUCAGUGAGGUGUGUGUUCCAGAUGGCCUGCCGGCUGCUGGAUGCCCUCGAGUUCCUCCAUGAGAAUGAAUAUGUCCAUGGAAAUGUGACAGCUGAGAACAUCUUUGUGAAUCCAGAGGAUCUGAGCCAGGUGAUGCUGGCCGGCUAUGGCUUCACCUUCCGCUAUGCCCCUGGAGGCAAACAUGUGGCAUAUGUGGAAGGCAGCAGGAGCCCACAUGAGGGGGAUCUCGAGUUCAUUAGCCUUGACCUGCACAAGGGAUGCGGGCCCUCCCGCCGCAGUGACCUCCAGACCCUGGGCUACUGUUUGCUGAAGUGGCUCUACGGGAUCCUGCCAUGGACAAACUGCCUUCCCAACAUCGAAGAUAUCAUGAAGCUGAAAGAGAAGUUUCUUGACAACCCAGAGACCCUCGUGGGACAGUGCAGUCGCUGGAUGUGUCCCUCAGUGCCGCUUCUGUAGAACUUCCACAUUGCCCUCUAAAGAGGAGGCAGAAAGAAACGGAUAGUUUGUCUCCUCCCGCUCUGUAAGGGCUCAUUUUCUAGGUACCUUGAAAUCCUGGGUUCUGAUUAUGGCUCUGCUCUUCAAGUCACUUUCCCCUCCCUCCAGCCUUGGGUUCUUGGGCGCUGAAGAAUGAACCCCUGGGUUAGCUCCCUGAGUCUUAGCCAUUCUAAGCCAAGCCCAUGGCUGUGGCAGGGGGCGGGGGGGGGUGGUGUUGGCGGCGCUUCUGAGUGGCUCAGUCACUUAAGCAUUUGCCUUUGGCUCAGGUCAUGAUCUCAGGGUCCUGGGAUCGAGUCCGAGUCCGUCAUCAGGCUCUCUGCUCAAUGGGGAGCCUGCUUCUCCUCCUUCUGCCUGCUACUCCCCACUCCCCUUCCCCUCCUUCUUCUCCCCGCUGCUCCUUCUCUUGCCUGUUCUCUCUCUAAUAAAUAAAAUCUUUAAAAAAAAUAGCUGAGGCAUAAAAAUCAAAAGAACAUUUCAUGGUACAUGAAACUUGUCUAAAAUGAGGCUACAGCAUCUGUAAAACAAACCUGUGUGGCCUCACAACCUGACCACUGGCUUUACUGUCAUCUCUGGCUGCUUUUGUGGUACACAGACCACACACACACACACACAGCCAAAACUGCUUACCCUCUGGCACUUUUUUUUUUAAUAUUUUAUUUAUUAAUUCAUGAGAGACACACAGGAAGAGGCAGAGGGAGAAGCAGGCUCCCUGCGGGAAGCCUGAUGGGGAACUCCAUCCCAAGAUCCCAGGAUUGUGACCUGAGCAAAGGCAGAUGCUCAACCACUGAGCCACCCAGGUGCCACCACUCUGACACUUCAAAGUGGCUGACUCCUGUUUUAGAGAUACACACUAAAGGUUUAUAGGUAAAAUGAUAUAAUUAACUGGCCUCUGCUUUACCAAUAUCAGAGGGGAAAUGAGAUUAGCUGUGAGUUGUUGAGACUGGAUGAUGGGUAUGCUGGUGCUGGUGAUACUGUUCUACUGUUGCAUAGGUUUGACAUUUUACAAAAAAAAAAAAAAAUUUAAUCUAAGUGCCUGAGGCAGUUCCAGGUGCAGAAGAAGCACUGAGCAAACAGGCACAGCCCCCCAGGCUCUGGGUUGGGC